UUUUAGUUGACUGUACCAGAGAUGGACCAACGAUAGAAACAAAUCCGAUUGUAAUGAAUUCUCCACGAUAACGGAUUAAAAACGAAAUCAAAUAUAUACUCAUUCACAUAUAUUUGAGACGUCUACUCUGCGUUUGUUUUGAACGUUCGUCACUCGGAUCUGCGACUCUCGUCGCCCGAGACGGUUCUCUGGAAACAAUAACAACAAUGGCUUCUGGUUCGCCAUCGUCCUCUCCGGACACUGCGACGGGCUCGGGUACUGAUCCAGCCCGGCCCGACACAGGAGAGCCUCUCGGUGGAGCAGGCUCGGACUCGGACUCGGACUUGGGUUUGGGUAAAUUUGACUGCAGCGGCAUGGAGAUGGGAGACCGGCUGGAGGGAGAUGAGCUGGAGAGGGAGUUUGACUCCGCAGCGGACCGCGUGAAAGACUUGAUUCAGACGGCCAGCAGGGACCAGCUGCUGUACCUAUAUGCUCGAUACAAACAGGUCAAAGUGGGGAAGUGCAAUACACCAAAGCCUGGCUUCUUUGACUUUGAAGGACAGAGAAAAUGGCAAGCCUGGAAGCAGCUUGGAGACAUGGACAUGGAGCAGGCAAUGCAAGAGUACAUCUCCCUGGUCAAUGUGUUAGACCCUGAAGGCAGCACAAAGGAAAGACGAGGAGCAGAAAGGAGAACAGGUUUCGGAGGAGCAGCGGUCAGUUCUCUAUACCAGGAGGAGGAGAUGAUCAGGGAAGAGGAUAAGAACAUCUUUGACUACUGCAGAGAAAAUAACAUCGACCACAUCAGCAAGGCCAUCAGCUCCCAGAAAGUGGAUGUCAAUACUAAAGAUGAAGAGGGCCGCGCUCUCCUGCACUGGGCCUGUGACAGAGGACACAAGGAGCUGGUCUCUGUGUUACUGCAGCACAAAGCGGAUAUCAACAGUCAGGAUAAUGAAGGACAGACGGCACUACAUUAUGCAUUUGUGUCUCUCGACGACAUCGUGGAGCUCCUGCUGAACGCCGGAGCUGACCCGUCCAUCAAAGACAUGGAGGGCUCUCUUCCUGAGGAGGUCACUGAAUCCAGUGCCAUCUCCUCUCUCCUGCGUCAGUACACUGCCCCAAAAGGCUAGACCGUCCUUACAUAUCACCACCCUGUCAUUUCCAGUGGUUUAGUCUCAUCCCUGCUCCACUCCUUCAUCCUGCCUUCCCACCAUUCCUCCUUCAUCCCAGAAGAGACUGUGUUCAUCUCCCGGAGUUUGUAGAGCAGGACUGCAGAGGUUUCAUUUGAUUUUUUUUCCCAAGUUCUUCAGUUGAGUUUGAUUUUAAUGACUCGGCUCCUCUGAGCUCCAAUCGUCAUAUGAGAUUAAGAGCACCGCAUGAAUUUUUAUUCUUCUGAAAACUGUACUGACUUUAUUCACAGUAGGGUUGGGUGAUAAUGAUGAUUACUAUGGGAAGCAGAAGCUUUGUCAACUGAGGGUUUGCUUUACUUUGGUAGCUGUACCUGAAAUAUCUCUUGUUGAAUAGGACCUUUGCUGGCAAUAUUUCAAAUCUGUGAGCAGGACUGCUUAUUGGCAGUAUUUUCUUUUGUGCACCAGUGCAAAGGUGUAUCUGGAUAUGCCAGGAAUUUAAGACACUGGAAGAACCAAAAAGAGACAUUCCCAUCAUCUCAUCUUUUAUCUAUCAAAAAUCUAAAAUUCCAACAUCACAUUGUUUAUCAUAAUUGCAAUACAAACAAUGGCAUAUACCACAGAAGAAGACUUUCAUAUAUACCGCAUCACCCACUCCUACUGCUCAGGUUUGACAACCACUUGGGCCUUUUAGUCUGAGUCAGCCCUCUAUGACAGUUUGUUCAUCAUUCAGUUGUGUUAUGUACCAAGGGAUGCUUUACUCAUUUGACAAAUAUCAUUAAAGUCUUGAGUGAAACUA